AUGGCGAUGCUGUUGCCUCUCACCUCAGGGAAGUGUUUCCUCUACUGCAAUGGGCUCAUGGACCACUUGUACGUCUGCCAGAACGGCAACGGCUGCGCUGCCUGGUACAAGGCCCCCACCCACUUCACCGGCACGCUGGAUGCCUUUGUGAAGAUCACGCGCUACGAGGGUGUCAGGUCUCUGUGGAGCGGCUUGCCCCCCACCCUGGUCAUGGCUGUACCAGCCACCGUCAUUUAUUUCACCACCUACGACCAGCUCCGGGACUACCUGCACGCUCGGACGGGAAGCCGGGGCCACCACAUCCCCUUGCUGGCCGGGGCCCUCGCCAGGCUGGGCGCCGUGACGGUCAUCAGCCCCUUGGAGCUCAUCCGCACCAAGAUGCAGUCCCGGCAGCUCAGCUACCGGGAGCUGGGUGUCUGCAUCCAGUCGGCGGUGGCUCAGGACGGCUGGCUGUCCCUCUGGAGAGGCUGGGGACCCACCGUGCUGCGAGAUGUCCCCUUCUCGGCUCUCUACUGGUUUAACUAUGAGCUGGUGAGGGAAUGGCUCUGUGGCCAGGCCCGGCUGGAUGAGGCCACGUUCAUGAUCAGCUUUGCAUCUGGGGCCAUCUCUGGGACGGUGGCUGCAGUGCUGACGCUGCCCUUCGAUGUGGUGAAGACCCAGCGGCAGAUCGAGCUGGGAGACAGUGAGGUGCACCCAGUCACAGCCUCCAAGCCUUCCUCCACCUGGCUGCUGAUGCGGCGUAUCCGUGCUGAGUCUGGCACCCGGGGGCUGUUUGCAGGCUUCCUGCCCCGCGUCAUUAAGGUGGCACCCGCCUGCGCCAUCAUGAUCAGCACCUACGAAUUUGGCAAGACCUUCUUCCAGAAGCUGAACCAGGAGCGACGGCUGCGCGGGUUGUGA